AUGGGAGUUGAGAAGCAAAUCAUCAGACCUGGAACCGGUCCCAACCCACGCUCCGGUCAAACCGUCACCGUUCACUGCACCGGUUACGGCAAAAACGGUGAUCUAACUCAGAAGUUCUGGAGCACAAAGGAUCCUGGCCAGACGCCUUUCACUUUCAAAAUCGGCCAAGGUUCUGUAAUCAAAGGAUGGGAUGAAGGUGUCCUUGGCAUGCAACUCGGCGAAGUUGCUCGUCUUCGGUGCUCUCCUGAUUAUGCUUAUGGUACCGGUGGUUUUCCUGCUUGGGGAAUACAGCCCAACUCUGUCUUGGACUUUGAGAUCGAGGUCUUAAGUGCACAAUGA